GUCGACGAUUCCAAGUGUAACAACUCUAACAUAACAAAUUAUUUGUUAUCUAUGGAAGAGUUAUCAUGAUUGAUUUUUGUUGCGAAUUGUCCUGAAGUCCCAGCUGUUCGGUUGCAUUGGCUUCGGCUGCAGUGCGCGUGUCUGAACUGAAUGCACCCCCCUAAAUCCCGGGCCUAGCUAAAGCUAUUACAUCCAGUCACCAUGUCGGCCGUCGUAGACGAAAGGGUAUCUGACGAAGUCGAAGCUUUGGAAGCAAUUUUAAUGGAUGAUGUAGUGAUAAAGCGCGUAGGUGAUGUGCCCGAUAUCAUUGAAACGGUUGUUCAUCCGUCUACGGGUGAUGAUACUGACCAGCAAUUCGUUUGCGUGACCCUGGAGGUGAAGUUGACUCCGGAGUACCCGGACACCAGCCCCGACGUGGUGCUGAGGAACCCGCGGGGCCUCGACGACAUGCUGCUGGCCAGUAUUAAUUCACAAAUCAGAGAGAAACUCAAUGAUUGCCUGGGUCAGCCAGUCGUUUUUGAGCUUAUUGAGCUGAUCCGUGAAAAUCUUACGGAGCGAAAUCUGCCUAGCGGUCAGUGCGUCAUUUGUCUUUUCGGUUUCACCGCUGGAGAUGUGUUCAUCAAGACGCAGUGCUAUCACCACUUCCACAGCCACUGCUUGGCCACCCACCUCAUCUCUGGGCUGCGGAAUUACCAGGAGGAGUAUGAGAUACUGCCCAACUGGCAGCAGAUGUCUGUAUCACCUUAUCAGCAAUCAUGCCCCGUAUGCCGCACCAUCGUGACCUGUGACGUAGAGACUCUGAGGAAGGCUCCUCCCCCGCUGGAGUCGAUGACCGCUGCUCCAUUCUGCGUUACUGAUGAACUGAAGGACUUGCAGCAUAAGAUGUCUGCUCUCCUGGCUCAACAGCGGGCUAAGGGCGGAGUUGUCAGCACUGGCUAUACUGGACCCCCACCGCUGACCAUCACCACGCCUGCCGAUAACGAGAAUAAUGUGGUUGCCACGAACGGCCCGCCUGCCGCCGAAGCCGCCGCCAAGCCCGAGCCGGCCGCGCCGCGCCACAACGGAAACGGCUCCAACAGCAACUCGUCGCCCGGGUCGCCGAAUGGACGUCCCGUUUACCGCGGCCCGUUCAGGGGCUUCAACCGGCGCGGUAAGCCCGGGCGGCGGGGCCGCGGUGGUGCGCGGUGACCCGCGUGUCCCACGCAGCCGCCGCGAGCCGCAUAGCCGCCCGCGCGACCCACACCGCUCACACACGCCACACACACCACACACACCAUACACACCGUACACAUCAUACACACCUCACACAACACACGAACACACACACUGCAGCUUACACUACAACUAACAUGCUGCUACAUCAUGUCCCGAAAUGCGGCAGGUAUUUGGAAAAUUUGUCUGAAAUGCGUCGAUUUUAUAUCGUCACUGCCAGUAGUAAAAAUCAUUUUCCAAAAUAACACGCAAUCUUGGAUAAUUUGUACCAGAAUUGUCUUUUUAACAUCUAUUCCAAAAGAAGUAAAAGACAUUUUAUUCAGAAAUAUUAGAGUUAUCAUGUUACUACCAAGUUCAAUGAAAAAAUCCCACCUGCUUAAUCAAAUAAACAUCGUCGCUGUAACGCCAUAUUACUCCUUAACGCGCCGUGUUUGGGACAUGCACGUGGUUUCGAAUGGUUCUAGUGUAAAAUAUAGUGUAUUGCGGCAAUCUGAUGCGUGCCGAGUCUUCUGCCAAUAUAUAUUGAACUUAUAUACAUGUUUAAGACUCCAGUUAUUGCUGGACAUAUCAAUUUACGCGUUUUAUUACCUGUCCGUGAUUGCCAAAUUACAGUCCUUUAAAUCGCCAUUUUUAAUGACGUCGCACAAAAUGGCGCACACUGAUGUACGACUUCCUGACUUUACUCCGUUACUGUCGGCCAUAUUGUUUUUCAUUUUGACAGUAAACAGAGUAAUAAGACAGGUGGUAGGAAAAACAUGGACUUAUUUAAAUACAGGGUCUACUUUUUUAAAACGGACUGAACCGUACCUUUCGAGACUGACGAUUUACCCUAGUUGCCACAUCCUGUGUAUAGGUUUGGAAGCGUUUGGUGCGCUUUCUCCAGUGAUUAAAAUAAACCAUAUCAUUUUGACAAACCGUAUAUUUAUUAUCAACGUACUUUCGAUACGAAUUUAUUUGCAGAAUAAAUUGCCUUCAUGAUAGUAAACUUAUUUGUUCUAUCUAUGCUCUCUAUUACUCAUAUUUUGUAUGAAAUUUCAAUAUACGGUGCAAAUUUUACCGAAUUAAACACUGCCCCUGUGAAUUCACAGACUUUUUAAACACUUUAGAUAGGUUUUUUUAUUGAAGCAGUAUUAUUAUAGGCAUAAUAUAAAUAUACUGAACAAUAGUAUACGUGUAAUGUAUUUUACAUCUUCAAACCUUCCAUCAAUUUAUUAUUAGUUUACAUAAAUCGUCAGUCCUUUCGUUAACGCUAUUUCGUUAUCACACUUCGUAAAGUAGACCUUGCCUAAAAAUAAAUAAAUUGGUCUGAAAUACUUAUUUAGAAACAAUCAUAUUGCGCAAAAUUUGUCAGAGAAGCGAAUUGUCCCAAAAUUAAAUAAUCAUAAAUCUUGCAAAUCUGUCUAUGACUGGAGUCAAUUUCAUUUAUUUAUUUUACAAUUUAUAAAGCAGAAGACCUCACACUCAGUCAGAUUAAAACACGUAACAAUUUGUGCAUUAACGUCAACUUUGACGUUUUACCAUAGACAAGAUAAGCGUUCGGAACACAAACCACUUUAUAUAAUUUAGUUAUUUGAAUACACUUUAGUUAGGUUUUUGAUUGGGCAGCCAUCAAUUGGCAAGCUUACAUAAGCUAGACAGAAAAAAUGGUUAUAAACAAAAAAAUUGUUUUAGGAAAACAAAAAAAAAACUUUAUUAUAAUUUGCUUGUUUGUGUUCUGAGUGCUGUUCGUACACUGCAACAUUAAUAUAUGUAACAGCAAGAUGCCAAAGUUGGACGGCACAAAAUAAUAAUAAUAAUCGUAAUAGAUGUUCAAUGUACUCUUAGCUUAAAGGCACGUUUCUGUGACGAAUCCUAGUCAGAACCCUAGUAUUCCACAUAAUUAAAUUUUAAUCAUAACUGUUUCUACGUGUCAAAUGUUUGUGAUGUUCGGACAAUUUAA